UUUAACGGCCUUCCCGCCGAGAUCGUCGCCAUCAUCAUCAAAUAUGCUGCAGAGCCCACCUUUGUUCAAGACGAGGAUUUUCAUCCGACGCAUUCAUACAGGACCGCUCGUAAACUUUGUCUUGUCUCCCGCACUUUGAGGCACUUUGCACUGCCUAUAAUGUUGCACACCGUAGUACUGGAUUAUCAGAACAUGCCAGCUUUCUUGCAUGCUCUACGCAUGCAGAACGAAUACGCUCAGACACAUCCUGCUCUCCGCUUCGAGUACACACCUCACGUACGCAACAUCUGGAUCGGACCGUGUUUGGAUGUGUGUCCCUCAGACGCUCCUGUGGACAGCAGCCUCACCUCUGAGCCUGUGUCGGACCUUGACCUCAUCGCUCCAGUGCUCCUUGGCGCGUCAUCGCUCGCAAUCUACUUUUCAUGUCUGAACCUCCUGACAUCCUGCAUAGAGCGUGCAUGGACCCGUAUGGACAAAAACAUAGACAAUGGAAGUUUGCCGCUUCCGUGGAAGACAAAAACAUUGACGCUAUCCAGGAUGACCAGUGACUCAUGGGAAAUGGCGAAGCUUGCCUCAGGAUCAGCCUUCUUGGCAUCCAUCACCCACUUUAUCGCCCUCCCUCCCGAGGAGCAUGAUGCGUUGUUACACAUCCUUUUGCGAACUAAACGCGCUAUUGGACCUCAAAACUACGGUACGCCUCUGUGGAUGUCGGACGUGCCGUGGAAUUCUUUCGAGAAGUUAGAAAAAGUCUCUUUGGUUUUCCCCCGAGUCCAACUCCCGUUCGACAUGUUUGCAUAUAACUGGAGAGCGGAGCAACACGCGGAAGUGUUGACGCUCCCUAGUUCGAUGCUGAAGGGCCGGCGUGUGCCCGUGUUGAUACGAGGGUCCAAAGGCACUGAAGAGGGUUCUUUAGACAAUGAUGCUGUUUUGUCCGGCGCAGAUUGUAUUUCCCUGAACGACGUUCAUGUUGCGGUGUCCGAUCGUCCAGUGCUCUUUUGUGGUUGUGAUAUUUGUCUCCAUUCAGAUUGGGAGCAAGUGUGGGCAUCCGGGUUGCAAGCUGAAGGGAAAUGGGGGUUGUGA